AUGACAGCACCAAGACAACUUCUGGUAAUCGGAGGAUCUGGUUUCCUGGGGAGUCAAAUCUGUAGGGUCGCUGUUGAUAGAGGAUAUGCCGUUACUAGUCUAAGUCGAUCACCACCGAAAUGGAUGAACAACACGCCCCCAUCGUGGGCCUCUAAGAUCAAUUAUGUUCAAGGAGACGUCUGCGAUCCUUCCACGUACAAGGCACACCUGGCUAAGUCCACAGCCGUGGUGUACUCCGUGGGCAUCUUAUUCGAAAGCGAUUACAAGGGUUAUGUCAAUGGGCAAAAGGGGCUACUAUGUGGCUUGAAAGACGCGGUUAGCUAUUUCGCCGGGAGUGCAAGUCCAUUAUCCCGAGGUCAUCCAUCUGCUGCGAGGACGCCAAGCCCAGCCCAACAAGGACCGACGUACGAGUUGCUGCAUCGCGACGCAGCACUGGCCGCAGCCAAGGCAGCAUCAGAACACACUGACAUCAAGACUUUCGUCUACAUAUCUGCCGCCGAGUGUUUCCCGACGGUGCCUGCACGUUAUAUCACCACGAAACGCGAGGCUGAAGCGGAACUUGCCAAGAUCACCUCGUUCCGUUCGGUGUACCUCCGUCCUGGCUUUAUGUUUGAUACGUCGAGGAAGAUAUCCAUACCAUUGGCAGGCGUUUUUACAGCAGUAUCUAGCCUGAAUCAAUUAGCCAAGGGGGUUCUGCCUUUGGUAGGAGGUGCUGGGGUGAAGCCUUUGGAGGUUGCGGAUGUAGCAGAAGCUGCCGUGCAAGCCAUCGAAGAUGAGGAUGUGAAGGGUGCUGUGGACGUGGCAGGAAUCGAAAGACUGCACGAAAAAUCAUGGCGCGGACAAUUACUAUGA